AUGGCUCUCCACUCAGAAUCGUCCAAGCUCAUCUUCUCCCCCUCGGGCUCCGGCCAGAACCAGCAGGCACCCCAAUUCACGAGAGCUACCCUCUCCGUCGCGGACCUAGAUCCGUCCUCGCCCAUCCCCCAGUUCCACACCUGGUUCACCCAGGCGCAGGCGUCCAACGCCAUCCCCCACGCCGAGGCCUGCGCGCUGUCGACGGCUGAGCUGCCCUCGGGCCGCGUGAGCAGCCGCAUGGUCUACCUCAAGGAGCUCGACGCGGCGGGCGGCUUCGUCGUGUACAGCAACUGGGCCACGAGCCGGAAGAGCAAGGACGUCGCCACGAACCCGCACGUCAGCCUGCUCUUCUGGUGGGAGACGCUGCAGCAGCAGGUCCGCGUCGAGGGCACGGCGUCCCGGCUGCCGCGCGAGGAGAGCCAGAAGUACUACGACACUCGCGUGCGAGGCUCGCGCAUCGGUGCGUGGGCGAGUCGGCAGAGUGAGGUGCUCCAGCCGCAGGAUGAGCAGGACGACGGGCGGAAGCAGCUUGAGGGUUGGGUGCGCGAGUACGAGGACAAGUUCGAGGGGCAGGAGGCCAUCCCCGUGCCCGAGUUCUGGGGCGGCCUGCGUGUCGUGCCGGAGCGGGUCGAGUUCUGGCAGGGCCGGGAGAGCAGGCUUCACGAUCGGUUUGAGUAUGUCAAGGACGGUGACAAGUGGACGCUGCAGAGGCUGAGUCCGUAG